AUGGAGGCGUACAAGAAGCUCGAGACGAUCUUUACGAAGAUCUAUCACCUGGACCACUUCCUCAGCCUGGGCCACUGGGACAUGAACACAAACAUGCCCCCCAAGGGCGAGGACGCGCGCGGCGAGGCGAUGGCGGUGCUGGGGGAGCUCCGCUUCAGCUUCAUAACGGCACCAGAGGUGAAGGACCUGAUUGAGAAUGCGACCAAGGGCAGUGGCGAACUGAAUACAGUGCAGUGCGCGAACUUGCGGGAGAUGACGCGUGCGUGGAAGAGCGCCACCGCCUUGUCGACUGAGUUCGUGGGCCGCAAGAUGCGCCUCACGACACGCGCGCACAGCGUGUGGCGCGACAGCCGCACCACAAACGACUUCAAAAAAUUCCUGCCGGUGCUGAAAGACCUGGUUGAGCUCGCCCGAGAGGAAGGUUCCUACCUUGCUGCCGGCACUUCCCUCUCUCCGUACGAGGCGCUCAUGAACCAGUAUGAGCCGGACAUCACGACCCAGAAGCUGGAUGAGGUGUAUGCAAGUGUGAAGUCAUGGCUGCCGCAGUUGCUGAAGGACAUUCUGCAGAAGCAGUCUGGCGACUCGGUGAUCGAGUACUCGCAGAAGUUUCCGCAGAACAAGCAGGAGGCACUCUGCAGGGAGUUCAUGAAGGUGUGGCGCUUCGACAUGGACGCCGGUCGUCUCGACGUCAGCCCCCACCCCUGCACGGAAAUGACAAAGGAGGACUGCCGAAUCACGACAAAUUAUGUCGAGGAGACGUUUGUGCAAAGCCUGUACGGCGUCAUCCACGAGGUUGGUCAUGGCAAGUACGAGCAGAAUUGUGGCCCGCGCGAGCUUAUUACGCAGCCGGUGUGCAACGCGCGCUCUCUUGGCAUACACGAAAGCCAGAGCCUCUUUGCAGAGUUUCAGAUAGGCCACGCGACGGCCUUCAUCGACUAUCUCACGACUCGCCUACCCGAGUUCUUCGAGGCACAGCCAGCUUUCUCGCAGGAGAACAUGCGCAAGGUUCUGCAGCGCGUGCAGCCUGGGUACAUUCGCAUCGAUGCCGACGAGGUGUGCUACUUGCUGCAUGUGAUCCUGCGUUACGAGAUCGAGCGUGACCUGAUGAUGGGCAAGAUGGAGGCGGACGAUGUGCCACGCGUGUGGAGCGAGAAGAUGCAGGCCUACCUGGGUCUCUCAACGACUGGCCGUGACGAUGUUGGGUGCCUCCAGGACGUGCACUGGUCCAUGGGCUCGUUCGGCUACUUUCCGACCUACUCACUUGGUGCCAUGUAUGCGGCACAGAUUAUGGCGAGCAUCCGAAAGGAGAUUGGUGACGACAAGGUGGAUCAGUGCCUGCGCACCGGUGAGCUCGAUUCCAUCCUGGAGAAGCAGAGGGAGAAGAUCUGGGACCACGGGUGCGUGUACAACACAGACGACCUGGUGCUGCGUGCGACGGGCGAAGUGCUAAACCCCGAGCACCUGCGCCGCCACCUGGAGGCGCGCUACCUAAAGUAG